AUGGCACAGACAGCCUGGGAGCUGAUCAAACAGUUUUGUCGCCCAUCCUGCUCGGCUAAUGAUGCAGACAUGUUGCAGCUUUCGCGUUUGCUCGAGGUGACGAAGCGAUGGUUGCACGAACGGUUCGUGCGCUUUGUUCGUUCUGCUAAAGAUAGGCCCUUGUUGAUGUCUUACUCUUGCGAUGGGGCUCCGACUGUGUCCACCGCGAGGAAAACGUUCGGCACUGCCUUGCUGCCAACUAUUCGCCGAUCUGGGAAAGGUUGUGACGAAUACCUGGUACACACCGUGUUUGCAGCAUUCCACGAUGGUAGUGGAGUCGUUCGCUGCACGAAGAUGAGGGAGCCCAUGCCCAUGACGGCGGGGAAGUGCACGCCUCCUAUCUUCGCUGCGGCAAUGCAGUUCCACCAGACGUUGCCGCAGCUAAACCAUCAAGGCAUAUCCGUACACCACUACUCUUGGGAUCGCGCCCUGUUUUCCAGCAUGCGCACGUUGUACCGCAAGUACCACGUGCACUUGAUACAUAAUAACUUGGAUGGAGGUCCCAACGAGAUGUCGCAACAACUUCGUUAUCAUUUGAACUGGCCUGUGUUCACCGGUUGUGGGCUUCACGACGCGCACAAGGGGCAGGAGUGGGCUCUCCACGCCGAGUACGCGGAUGGUGAUAUACUCCGUCGGGUUCACAUCGCAGUGGAAAGCUUGAGGAACUCCUACACGCAGCUGAUGCGGUGGAUGCCCUUGUUGGUGGCUUCGAUUGACGUCGUGCCAGCAGAGGAAUGUCUGCCCGAGGAGACGCUGAGGGCAUUGUGGGGCGUUCUAGGCGUGCCCGGUGUGCUUCUUGAGGAACUCGUUGGGUGGCGGUUGUGCUGCGUCGGUGGGAAGCUGCAGGCCACGACGGCAGUGCAUGGGGACGUUCCAGAUUUCUUUGACAGAAUCUCGUACUGCAUCGCAUCCCUGUGGAAGUUCACCAAGUUCUCGGAGUCGCGAUGGGUCUCCGUUGGGUGGGCGUGCAAGCGGGUGGCGUGCGCAAUCCUCAGUGGCGUCGACAUUGUCGUUCGCGCGGUACAGGACGAUCCUCAUGAAAUCAAUUGGUAUAUCAAUGGAUGGGGCGAUCUGCGCGAGGACGGUCGUCAUUUGGUCUUCGUAUGCGCGGUGUCCACCAAGGUCAGUGAUACCAUAUUGGCCCUCAUGCUACACGAUGCCAGGCUCGCGAAAAACAUUGAUGAGGUGGAGACCAAAGCAUUCAAAUCAUUGCAGACUGUUGCAGAAAUAGACGCCUCAGUGUGGCGUGUGUUCGCAGAUGCAUGCUACGAGGGAUGCCCGCCUUUAUCUUUGCAGUCGAAGGCCAUCCACUGCGCUCAGGUGUCGCUAGCACUCGUCACGUGGAGGGCGCUCGACGACGCGAGGGGGCUGCCUUGGUCGCUCGCCACGGGCGAUGUCGACGGUAAGCUGGAUGCCUUGGCCGCGGGUGACAUGCCGCAGGACGCAGUGGCGGCGAGGGUGUACUGCUUGCUGCAGUGCGGCUGGCCUCGCGCGGACAUCAAACGGGGCCUCAGCCUGCUGCUCGAAUGUCCUUGGUCGACUAGAUGCGCCGAGCAAUUGCAUGCAUCGCUGACCCUCAUGAAAAGAUACCACCCAGACGCUGGACAGGAAACGUUGAUUGUCCGAGCAGGUGUUCAUUCCAUGAGGUUGUUGCUCCCCGGCCUGAACGCGCUGGAGAAGCAGGCGGCCGUGCGCCGCGAGAAACUGGCUCGUUUGGGCCGCAAGUGUCCCGAGAAGAUCACGGGCCGCCACAUCUUCUUGAAGGAGUUGGUGGACCUUGCAGUGUCCAAGCGUCAGGCGCGCGGUCUUGUGGGGGCUGGCGGUGCGGAUAAAAAGCUGGUCGCCCGACAUGGCGCCAAGUGGAACGCCAUGGGCCCUCGAAGUCAUCAGUCCUUCGACAACGCGGCAAUCGUGGAGCGGCAGGCCAAGAGACGCCGCAUCGAGGAUGAGAAGGAACAGGUGAGGGGCGAGCUUGCUGCAGCGAGAGAGAAGAUCCGCAAGCAGGGCGAAGAGACCCCGCCGCUCGGGUUCAGGGCGUGCCAGCUGAGCGACGCCGACAUGGAAGCGCUCGAUUCGGCGUUCCAGUCGUCCAGUUGGAUUCCAGCGCGCUGGCCCGCUUGCGGGCCGACGCCCGCUCGGCGCCCAGCCCAUCUCCGAUCUUGCUGCGCGCAUUGGCCCAGGUGGACAUUGAGGCGGAGGGCGACGAUGGCACGAAGCCGAGCUGGGUGA